AUCCAUAUUUAAAAAUUUCAAAAAUACCAAAAAAAAAUGCAAUACUGCUAAUGGAGUCUAUCGGAAUGUUAUCGGGAAACCACCACUAUCGAGAUAUUCACAAAACAACAAGAGCACCGAAGCGUGUUUGGUUGAAAAUUUGACAAGUCAAAAAUCUUGUAAAGACUAAAAAGGAAUAAUGGAUGAUGGUGAAUAUGAUAACGAUGACGUCGGCGGCGAUGAUUUCGAUGAAGUCGAUGAAGAUGUAGACGAGGAUAUUGCUCAAGAGGAAGAAGUUGAUAAUAUCGAAAUAAUUGCGCCCGGUGGCGCAGCUGGCGGUGGUGUACCCAAAUCCAAACGCAUCACAACCAAGUAUAUGACGAAAUAUGAGCGCGCUCGUGUUCUAGGCACGCGGGCACUACAGAUUGCAAUGUGUGCACCCAUAAUGGUUGAAUUGGAUGGCGAAACAGAUCCUUUGCAAAUUGCAAUGAAAGAACUAAAACAGAAGAAAAUACCAAUUAUAAUAAGACGGUUUCUGCCAGAUCAUUCAUACGAGGAUUGGAGUAUAGACGAACUUAUCAUGGUAGAUAACUAGUGUGGUUAGACGUACGAAAUUUGAAUAUAUUACACACAUUUUAUUUUCCGAGAAUAUAGAUUAUUUAUAGCUGC